AUGCCAGAUGAGGCCUCAAACGCCCAACCCGGAGCCGACACUGUUUUGACAGAUGAGUCUUGGUGGCCGCAAGGCAAAUACUGGCGUGCCAGCACCCCUUUCGAGCCUACGCUCUGGGCGUCCAAUGCUAAGCUAUGCAAUUGCCCAGAGCAUGGCAAAAAUAGUUGGCCAGCAGAGCACGCCAUUUUCGUGAGACUCUCUUUAGUGUUUGCAGCUUCUGUAUACUUGACUGACAUGUCCCUCCUGCAGCACAUCCCGAACUGCGCGAAGCGUUGCCCUUACUGCCCAUGGAAGACGAAUAGAAAUGGAAAGGGCGACAAUCCAGCAUCUAAUCUGCGUCGUCACAUCCGGCAGUACUACAUACUCACCCGAGGCGGUCCUCCUAGCCUGGAGAACAACACUGGCAACAACACUGAGAACAACAACAGAUUGACCUAG